AUGCCUCCCAAGAAACGUUCCAAUGCCAAUGAGGCCGGCGAGGCCUCGGGCACGGCUAAGAAGACCAAAACUACGGCCUCCGGCGCCUCCGCUGCCGCCAACGAAUCCCGAUGGUCCACCAAAAGCAAGCGCUGGUCGGCCGUGUCGGCGUCCCGCAACGCAGAUGAUGACUACAAGAAGGCCAUGGAAGACAUUGAGUACGCCUACACGUACACCUGCAGGUGCCCUUUGGGAACCAAAGGCGGAGACCCGGAUGACGAGGACGAGGACGAGGAAGACGAUUAUGACGACGAGGAAGACGACGAUGAUGAGGGCGACGAAGGCGAGAAGCAGCCCAAGGCCAAAUGCGACGGCGGCAAGACCUGUCUCUGCAUGAAGCCUGCGGCAGAGCACCCUGACGCGCCCUUUGUCAUCACGAACGCCGGCUAUCGCAAGCUCAUGAACCAGCAGGUCCACUGCCAGGUCCGCGACCCGGACAACUUCGACAUGUACACCUACAAUGACCACUACGCCUACGGCAUCCUGCAGGUCAUCCAGAACCUCGUCCUCGACUACGAGGAGGCCAAGGAGAACUGGAGGGAGCAGUGGGUCAUCUGCGAGGCCAUAGCGCCGUUCAUUUGGUUCCUCUCCGGCGGCGACUUUGCCAUGGCCGAUGAUGGCGAGUUGUGCCGCCAGACCGCCCGUCUCAUUGGCAACCUUUUUCUCGCCACGCUCGCGCGCCUCGAACGCGAGGGCGCCCUGGCCCCGGACUCGGAGGUGAAGGACCUCGGUAUAGUCAUGGCGGGCAUGCUCAAGGUCGCCUCUGCCUUCCGCGGCUCCUCUCUCUUCGAGGGCGAGACGCGCAUCAAGAAGUCCAAGAAGCGGCCAUUCCCGUUUGUCGCGGAGACGUUUGACAACUACGUCGCCGCCUACGCCAAGAAGCACGGCAUCACACUGCGCGGCGUCCCCAAACUCAAGGGCCUGUUGGAGGGGGUGGACGAUGAUGUCGAGCUGCCCACCGUGGAACAGCACGGCGAGGAUCCUUGGGGCUGGGCGGCGGCAUUUUCCGAGUACAAGACGGGGACGACGGUCGGCGGGGACGGCCUCGACAUCACAUCUUGGACGAGUGCGGAGCGGAAGAAGCACGCCUUCAACAAGAAGGAUCCGCUGGGGAAGAAAGAGCUUGAUGCCAUCAAGAAAGGGCUUGUUAUGAUGCUCGGGUAG